UUCUCACGUUCCUGAAAAAAAAAAAAAAGGCGAAAGAAAAUCCACAUCUGGAAUCCAGAGCCCGUGGUUUAGGGGAAUCUAUACUAGGAUCUCGUAGUAAAGGUAGCUCGGUGUUUUUGCUCCCGCUUUAACUCUUUUCAAGGAUCCUUCACUCCACCUCAUUAACGCAACCAUGCUGGUGGUCCUGAUUGGAACAGUCAUUGUGCACCUUCUGGAUCUGAUUCUGCUGCUCAUUUCUACAUCUGUGAACGCAUGGAGGACGUUUAAUUCAAAGAGUUAUGACCUCUGGUAUGAGUGCACAGCAAAAAACGGACGAUAUGAAUGCAAAAAUGCCGAAAAUGCAGAUUGGUUGCAGGCAGUACAGGCUCUGAUGAUCUUAGCCACAAUCUUCUGCCUGCUGUCCUUGAUCAUAUUCCUUUGGCAACUCUUUACCCUGAACAAGGGAGGCCGGUUCUUCUUCACUGCCAUCUUUCAGAUCCUCUCCAGCCUAUUUGUGAUGAGUGGAGCUAUAAUCUACACAGUGAUAAGGCCGGCAGACCCGGAUGAUGGCCACUCAUUCGGCUUUGCCUUCGUGCUAGCCUGGCUGGCAUUCCCUCUUACUUUGAUAAGCGGCCUCAUUUACAUCAUUCUGAGGAAGAAGGAAUGAAGGGUCAGCAGAGAAAUGCCCGCUGUCAUCACUGAGAAUGACACUCAGUCCACAGACCCAAAUGGCCUUUUUUUCACUGGCUCGUAUAACAAUGUGUGCCAUAUGUGAGAUCAAGCAAAAGUGACAAAUCAUGAAGAUCAAACUCAAUGACGACUCAGUGAGGAUGAGUCUGUGGCUUGUGAUACUAUUUAUAUCACUUUUACAUAGUGUUUGUACAUAUGAAUGUCAAAUCCUUGUUGAUGAAGACCCAUAUUUUGAAGCUGUCCCCAAAGAAGACAGAAUAAUGAUCAUUUUUAUCCUUGUGUGUUUUACGCCAUGUCUUGUAUCUAAUAGAAGUACAUUCUUAAAAUCCAAUUUCACAAUGAUUGUAUGACGAAAUUGUGCUUAUUUUUUAUGUGAUAAACCAAAAAAAAUAUAUAUAUAAAAAAUUGUUCUGUUCAUAUUUUUAAAUAGUGAAAUGGUGCUGUUUUUGCCUUCAAUUAAUAACUAGAUAUACCUAUAAUUCUGUUCAAUUGAGCAAAGCUAUUUUACAUUGUGUAUUGUAUGUGUGCCAAAAUAUCCAUACAAAAGCUAACUGUUUUUUUUUUUGUUCUGUAUGCUUUUAAUAAGAUUUUUAAAAAUAAAUAAAUCAAUCAAUAAUAUGUA